GAAGCGGAGGCAGCGGGUGGGGACCUUGUGGAGUAGAGGGGUAACAAGAUGGCGGCGGAGACGGUAGAGCUUCAUAAGCUGAAGCUUGCUGAACUAAAGCAGGAAUGUCUUGCUCGUGGUUUGGAGACCAAGGGAAUAAAACAAGAUCUCAUCAACAGGCUCCAGGCCUAUCUUGAAGAGCAUGCUGAAGAGGAGGCAAAUGAAGAAGAUGUACUGGGAGAUGAAACAGAGGAAGAAGAACCAAAGCCCAUAGAACUGCCUGUCAAAGAGGAAGAACCCCCUGAAAAAACUGUUGAUGUGGCAUCAGAAAAGAAAGUGGUAAAAAUUACAUCUGAAAUACCACAGACUGAGAGAAUGCAGAAGAGAGCUGAACGAUUCAAUGUACCUGUGAGCUUGGAGAGUAAGAAAGCUGCUCGGGCAGCUAGAUUUGGAAUUUCUUCAGUUUCAUCAAAAGGCCUGUCAUCUGACACCAAGCCUGUGGUUAACCUGGACAAGCUAAAGGAAAGAGCUCAAAGAUUUGGUUUGAAUGUCUCAUCAAUCUCCAGAAAGUCUGAAGAUGAUGAGAAACUGAAAAAGAGGAAGGAGCGAUUUGGAAUUGUAACAAGUUCAGCUGGAACAGGAACCACAGAGGAUACAGAGGCAAAGAAGAGGAAAAGAGCAGAGCGCUUUGGGAUUGCCUGAUGAGAAACUCUUGUUUUCUGUUCUCCAGUGGUUUCCAUCUCUCUGAUUUUGUUGGUCACAUAUAUACCUAAAUACAGAGUUAUGUGCCUAGGUCCUGCCUCGCAAUAGGAGAACAUGUACCCCAGGCACACCUGUGAACUACAGUAGCAAUUUGACUUAUUGCUGUUCCAACUUUAAGAUUGUGGUUGUUGUGUUGUUUUUUUUUAAUUAUUAUUUUGCUUGUUAAUAAAAAAAAUAGAAAAGAGAACAGUGUGUUUUAUGAGGUGCUCCUUUGAGUUUUUAGAACCAAAUUAGAUGAGAUAUGA